AUUUAAAAAGACCCCGUUCAAAAAAAAAAAAAAAAGGAAUUAUUAAAAACCCUAGUUCCCAAACCCAAAUCAGAUAAAUUUUUUCGUUCCAGAAUCAAUCCAGGCCUUCCAGCGCCGCCGCAAAACCACCGCUUCAGUCAGUUAACGGAGACAAUGGCGUCGCAAUACGACCUGACGCCGCGGAUAGCGCCGCAUCUAGACAGGCAUCUGGUGUUCCCGCUACUCGAGUUCCUACAGGAGAGAGGGUUGUACCCUGAGGAAGAUAUUUUGAAGGCGAAGAUUGAGCUGCUCAACCACACUAACAUGGUUGAUUACGCCAUGGAUAUUCAUAAAUCUCUCUACCGAUCGGACGAUGUUCCUCAAGACAUGAUCGAUAGGAGAGCUGAGGUGGUGGGUAGGCUGAAGGCGUUGGAAGAUGGAGCUGCUCCUUUGAUUGCCUUUCUGCAGAAUCCUCAUGCAGUUCAGGAAUUAAGGGCCGACAAACAGUACAAUCUUCAGAUGCUUAAUGAGCGCUAUCAGAUUGGUGCCGAGCAGAUUGAUGCAUUGUAUGAUUAUGCCAAGUUCCAAUUUGAAUGUGGAAAUUACUCUGGUGCUGCUGAUUAUCUGUAUCAGUACAGAGCCUUGUGCACUAACAGUGACAAGAGUUUGAGUGCAUUGUGGGGAAAAUUGGCAGCAGAGGUCCUGAUGCAAAAUUGGGAUAUUGCACUGAAGGAGCUUAACCGUCUGAAGGAAAUCAUAGACUCUAAGAACUUCUCUUCCCCAUUGAAUCAAGUCCAGUUAAUGCACUGGAGUCUAUUCAUUUUCUUUAAUCAUGAUAAUGGAAGAACACAAAUUAUCGACUUGUUUAAUCAAGACAAGUAUCUCAAUGCCAUUCAAACAAAUGCUCCCCAUCUUUUACGUUACCUGGCUACUGCCUUCAUUGUGAACAAAAGAAGAAGGCCACAAUUUAAGGAAUUCAUAAAGGUUAUCCAACAAGAGCAGUACUCUCAUGAAGAUCCCAUUAUAGAGUUCUUGGCUUGCAUCUAUGUCAACUAUGACUUUGAUGGAGCUCAGAAGAAGAUGAGAGAGUGUGAAGAAGUUAUACUGAACGACCCAUUUCUUGGAAAAAGAAUUGAAGAGGGAAAUUUUACAACUGUACCCCUGAGAGAUGAAUUUCUUGAAAAUGCUCGCCUUUUCAAGAAAACCGCAAAGAAACUAAGGAAAGAGGCUAAGGCAAGGAAGCUACUGGAACUGCUGGAUUCGCAACUUGACGUGUCCGCUCACACGGAACAGUUCGUUGAGGCGGAACCCAGUGCUGCCGCUGCUAACGAGACUCUGUUUGCCCAAACAGACCGUGAUUCAGAUGCAGAAACUGAUUGUCAGGAGGAAGUUAAGUCAAAUUUCGACGAGAGCACCAGAGACGACAUUGCUGACGAUCCUAGACUGUGUGACCUCUCCAGUCACGAGGCUGAUGACCCACCCACCCCAAUUCGUAUGCUGGCAACUGCUACCGGUAUUGAGAUUAAGCUUGGACUGCUUAAUGUUCUUCCGAAGUACUAUGGCAAGAAGGGAGAAGAUCCGUACAAUUUCUUGAGCGAAUUCAUCAAAAUUUGCAAGGUCCAGAAACGCCCAGCUGGUGUUACAGAAGAACACUUUAGAUUGGCGGUUUUUCCUUUCACUAUGACAGCAGAGUCGAACUCUUGGUUCGCGAGUCUUCCACCUUAUUCUAUCACUACAUGGGCGGAGAUGAAAAAGCUAUUCCUAGAGCACUUUUUCCCUCCCACCAAGACGAAUGCGCUAAAGAAGGAAAUUAGUGGAGUGAAGCAGGAGUACGAUGAGUCAUUGAGCACAUACUGGACUCGAUUCAGGAGGUUGGUAGAUAGCUGUCCAAACCAUAAGUUUUCAGAGGGGGAUUUGCUGCAAUAUUUCUAUCAAGGGAUGACGGUAGAUACCAAAAAUUUGGUGAAUUCAUCAAGUGGAGGAGCAUUUUCUCAAAAUACUGUGAGCGAAGCUAAAAAGUUGAUUCAACACUUGGUGGAAGCAACGAGAGAGUAUGAGGAGCCACGUAUUCAAUUGCUCAAGAAAGUUGCACAGGCAAGUUUCUCUAACUUUGAGGACAAGUUCGAAGAAAGAAUGGGGAGGAUGGAAAGAAUGUUAAGUACUGUGGUGGAGAAGGUGGCAAAUGCUGGACAACCGAUAGAAAAAUCAUGUGGCGCGUGUGGUAACUUUGGCCAUACAAGUUUGCAAUGCGCUGGGGGCGACGAAGAUCUUCAAGCCCAAGUGAACUCGUCUCACAAUUUUUACAACUGUUCUGAUCCACUGCCCCCUUUGCCCAAACAGGACCCCUACUCGAGCAGCUACAAUGCGCUGUGGAGAGAUCACCCUAAUUUUCGUUUGAGAGACCAAAGCAAUCAAGUGCAGCAGCAGCAGCAAAGUUAUAGAUCGCCUCAUCAAAGAGGAUUCCAACAAGCACCACCACCUCCACAAGAAAAUCAAGGAAAAGCUCUUGAAGAGAUGAUGAGAGAGUUAAUUGGCUCACAACAAUUAUUGCAAAAUAAUUUGCAAACAACCUAUGAAGCGGUGCUAAAACUCCAACAGUCUCAAGCAGAGCAAAGGGUUCAGAUCGAAGGGUUGGCUCGUCAAGUGUCUCAGCUUGCAACGUCUGUGAAUCAACUCAAUGGCCAUCAAGGCAAGUUACCAUCUCAAGUCCAAUUGAAUCCGAGGGAGAACGUUAGUAUGAUCACUUUGAGGAGUAUCAAGGAGUUGAGUGAGCCCACAAGCCAGAAUUCAAGUGGAUGUUCGAGUAAGGCUUCUGGAGUUGAAUCUCAAUUGCAAAAAUUCAAAAAUUCUGGAGGUAAGGUGGAUUCUGCAAUCCAGAAUGCAGAUAAGUCCGGUUUGGCCAAACAGAACGGUGACCUGGCAGCUGUGCAGAAAGAAAAAGAGGUAGAACACAAAUUAGUUGAGGGUGAGCAGUCGAUGGUUCAUAAACCUUUGAGUCUACAUGAUCCCGAGAUCGAGAUACCUGUUCCCUUUCCUAGGAGGUUAGCAAAGAAGAAGCCGAAGGAAGAGCUAAUGGAUUUCAUGAAGAUAUUUGGAAAGUUGGAGAUUAAUCUUCCUUUCCUCCAAGCAUUCAAAUUCCCUCAUAUGAGCAAGUUUUUGUGUCAACAGUGAUACGAAAAGAGUUGCCGUCCAAAUGCAAGGAUCCAGGUUCUGGACAUACGGACUGUUUGCCCAAACGGAAGCCACGCGACAGAAAUCUGCAUUUUGAUGUGGAAUCACCCGACUUAAAAGAUAAGUGUGUGGAGGAGCUUCGUCUUGAAGCUUAUGACGCCGCGAUGUGGUAUAAGGAUCGCACCAAGAUGUGGCACGACAAGAACUUGCAAGGAAAGACAUUUACAGUCGGCCAAAAUGUACUUUUGUUCCAGUCAAAGCUGCGGUUGAUGAUCGGAAAAUUGAAGACGAAGUGGAUUGGCCCCUUCGUGAUACAGUCUGUUUGCCCAGACGGGGCGUUUGAGAUUCGCAGUUUAGACACGGCUAAGAUAUUCACCGUGAACGGACAACGUCUGAAGCCGUACUAUGAUGCUUCUUCUUUGGUUCCAGCGGAGUCUGUUUCGCUGCUGCUUUCGGGCACGUUUUGAGCACUUGAGCAGUCGAGGCAACGACGUUAAAUAAUGGCGCUUAUCGGGAGGCAACCCGACUUUCUUCCCUUUUAAUUUUUCGUUUUGUUCUUUUCUUUAAUUCUCGUUUUUCGUUUAGUUUUUUUUAAGUUUCUUAGUUUCCAUUCCUUAGUUUUAAUUUUUUUUGUUAUGUUUCAGUUAAAAAGAAAAAAAAGAAAAAAAAAGAGAGAGAUCGACGGGAAUGUGGCAGCCCUACAGGAGAGCAUCGCGAACUUGAGCGCCAUCAUUCGACAAGAGAUGCGACGGCGGCGCACACGGUGACUUCCUUCCUUUUCUUGUUUUGUUUCGCAUGUUUUUUGUGUUGUCUUCGUGUUUUAUCUUUUGUCUUGUUUCUUGUUUUGUCUCAUGUCUUGUUUCGUUUAUGUCUUUGUAUUUUUCGUUUCGUUGUGUGUCUCCGUUGCUCCUUUGCUUAUACUUUAUUUUGUUUGCUUGAGGGCAAGCAAAAUCUAAGUAUGAGGGGGCGUCUUUGAGUUUGUGUUAUGUUGAGUCAGUUUUUAUGUUGUGUUUUGGGUGUUGUGAGCCUCGUGAUUGUUGAAGUAUUAGUGAUAAGCAUGCUGUCGGUUGAGUUGUGUGAUGAACUUGAGAUUUGAUACUUGAGAUUUGGGAUUUUGAAAUUGAAAAUUUUGUGUUUUAAUUGAAUGACAUUUGGGAUGACAAAUAAGAGCAAUAAUGAGUAAAAAGUCACAUAUAAGUGAGAAUUGAGCUUAAUAGAGUAGAUCAAUCUCUACUAAUCUUCUUUUUGAGUGGUUUGUUAUUCAUGAAGUUGUGAUAUGUUGUGAGUCAUUGGUGAUGCAUGAUAGAAGACACUAGGGUAGCCAUUUGGCUUGCUUUUAAAUUCCUACCUAAACAUUAACCCUUAGUGAGCCAUUUUUGAAGUCUUGACCAUGUUCUUUCUUAUUAGUCACUAAAUAAUUAAGCCAAGGCCUGUUUUGAACUAUCUCUUUGGCCCAGUGAUGCAUGUCUAAUUCCGAACUUCAUUCCAUUAAUUACUAGAGAAAGUUAAGCUGUGUUCUUAUGUGCUGUUUGCCCAAACUGCUGUCUUGUGCAAAAUGAUAAGGAUCUGUGAUCCGUCUGGCCAAACAGUGGCAUUGAUCAGUUGAGUUCUUGGGAUGGGAGCAGUUUUGGGAGACGAUUUGUGGAUAUUUUGUAGAUGAUGAUUGCAUGUUGAUUGAGGAUAUAAAAAAAGAAGGGUGCUGCAAAAAAAAAAAAAAAAACAAAGAAAAAAAAAAGAUGUUGCACCAGUUUGAGUUGAGCAUGUAGUAUCAUUGUUAUUAUUGGAGUUUUUCCCCUAAGUUUAGUAGCUUUCUUUCUUUCUCUAUGAACUUGAAAUUGUGGAUGAUGGUUUGGAUUAGAUGUGCACACUUUGAUUUUCAAUGCUUGAGCUUAGGACCCCUAGGAUCUUGCCAACAUAAUGAAUGGUCCUUAGCCCCAUUACAACCAAUGAGAAAAGACCUUCUUGAGUUGCUAUGUGACUAUGACAUAUCACGACUAAGUGAAUUUUUCUUCUUGUGUGUGAAUUUCCAAAAUAAAUAGUGAAUCUUGAGAGGAAUUUGUUGUUGCUUGAUUUGGACUAGAUAGACAAUGAAAACACUUGUUUGAUAUUUCCUCUUCUUGAUUUGAGAGUUGAGAAUCGAUUGUGAGUCGCAUGGUUCGAUUUGGCGGUGUGUCAUGUUACUAGUGUUUUGCUGAUUACUUGGCUAUCGUUUUUAGUUGAGUUUGUCGUUGUUGGUGUCCUUGUUUCUUUCUGUUUUCUUUCCAGUUGGUUGUUGUGUCCGUUGUUUCGUUCUUUGUUUUUAGAGUCUUACGUGUCGUGCCGAGGAAGGAGGUUGUCACGAGUGGCUGAUUUCACCAUUAAAUUCUUCUUUCAUGUCAUACUUGAGGACAAAUAUAAUCUAAGUGUGAGGGGAUUUGAUGUAUGCAUUUUAGCUACUUAGUUUGGUGUAUGUUUCGCCAUUAUUUUAUAUGAUUUUACAUGGUUUGUUACAUUUUGGCGUAGGGAUUGCAUGGUUGGAGGAGAAAGCUUGAAGAUGGGAGAAUUAUUAAAAGUCGAGAAAUUGGUUGAAGAAGUUGGUGAAUUUUUGGAGAGAUUUAGAGAUUUGGGCUUUGGAAAUAUUUAUCUUGUAAUUUAUUUAAGCCAAAUACUCUUUUAAUUAAUUUUUGGGCUUUAGUUUUUUUGGAAGGGUCGAAACCCACGAAUGAUAGGGUGUUCGGCCGCUUAAGGGUUAAUUUCCUUGGUGUUUUAAUGGAAUAAGGACUCCUAGUUUAGUUA